CGGGUGAAGGGGUGGAAACAGUAGGAUGUAAGAAAGACCUUUGCAGGUCCAAAGCAAAGCACAGGGAGACAAGCAGAUAAACCUGACCAAUCUCGGAAGGAUCUCUUGAUCUCAAAAGCAGCAGCGGCAGCUGCAGCAGCAGCCUUCUCAUGCCUUCUUAACUCUCAACCCCCACCUCCCACUCCCACGCUCUUCAAUUCUUCAUUUGCAGAAGGCGAAAUGGACCGUCAUCCCCAUCACCAUCACGUGCCUUCUCUCUCUUCCCUAUUCUCCACAAAACCCACCACUCCGUAGUCAUUACCAAAUCCACACACACCCCCCUCUCUUCCUUGGUCAGACAUACAGAUAGAAAAGAGAGAAGAGGACGGCGACUUUACUUUCCGAGAGAGAGAGAGAGAGAGAGAGAGAGAGAGCGAGAGAAGUAAGAGCCAGGGGAGGCGCUGGGACCGCCGCCAAUGGCGGGGCCGCCGAUAACCGCUUCGAGCACUCACAUCCACGACCUCCCGGACGCGAUUCUGACCAACAUAUUUGCCACGAUCUCCGACACCCGCAGCCGCAACGCCGCUGCUUUGGUGUGCCGGAAAUGGCUUCUGAUCGAGCGCACCACACGCACGGCCCUCGCGCUCCGGGGGAACGAGCGCGACCUCUUCAUGAUCCCCACAUGCUUCAGAUCCGUAACCCACCUGGACCUCUCCCUCCUCUCCCCUUGGGGCCACUCCCUCCUCUCCUCCUCCUCCGACGAUCCCCACCCCCACCUCCUGGCUCACCUCCUCCGCCAAGCCUUCCCCGGCGUCACCUCUCUCACCCUCUACUCUCGCACCCCCUCUACUCUCCAAGUCCUCGCCCCUUACUGGCCCAAUCUCAAGCGCGUCAAACUCGUCCGAUGGCACCAACGAUCACCGUCACCCCUUGGAUCCGACUUCUCUUCUCUAUUCGAACACUGCCUCUCGCUCUCUUCACUUGAUCUCUCCGAUUUCUACUACUGGACGGAAGAUCUUCCCGCGGCACUGAGUGCACACCCAUUUGUGGCUGCUGGCUUCACCCGGCUCGAUCUGAUGACUCGCUCCUUCGCCGAGGGGUUCAAGACCAACGAGCUUCGGGCCAUCAGUGCGGCUUGUCCCAACUUGGUGGAGCUCCGUGCUGCGUGUUUGUUUGACCCUCGGUACCUUGGUUUUGUGGGCGAUGAAGCUCUCCAGGCCAUCGCUUCUAGUUGCCCCAAACUCUCGAUUCUCCACCUCGCCGAUGCUUCGUCUUUGCUGAACACCAGAGGCAAUCCCAACGAAGAUGGUUCGGCCGCGGGCGAUGCGGAGAUUAGCCGUUCAGCGUUGAUUGGGCUCUUCACGGGCCUUCCCCUUCUUGAAGAAUUGGCACUAGAUGUUUGCAAAAAUGUCAGAGACAGCGGGCUGGCUUUGGAAGUGCUUUGUUCGAAAUGUCCGAGGUUGAGGUCGCUGAAGCUCGGGCAAUUUCAGGGGUUGUGUAUGGCGAUUGGGUCUCAGCUGGAUGGUAUUGCGCUCUGCAGCGGCCUUCGAUCACUGUUCAUCAAGAACUCAGCUGACCUGACCGACAUGGGUUUAAUAGCCAUCUCCCGAGGAAGCCCCAUGCUCACCAAGUUUGAGGUUCAGGGAUGCAAAAACAUUACGGUUAAGGGAUUGAGGACAAUGGCUUGUUUGCUUCGUGGGACUUUGGUGGAUGUGAAAAUUUCCUGCUGCAAGAAUCUCAACGCAAUGUUGUCUCUGCGAGCCGUGGAGCCAAUCCGUGACAGGAUUCAACGGCUUCACAUUGAUUGCAUAUGGGAUGGAUCAGAACAGAGGGGAAAUCUGCAGGAUGCUGUUCAAAAUUUUGAUCUAAUUGAAAUGGCAGAAGAGGCUGGUUCAUCCAGGCAGCCUGCAGAAUACAUGAACUUAUUUGAAGCUGAUGGUUAUGGGGUUAUGAACAAGAAAAAGAAAUUUAAGAAUGCAGCACAACCAGAUAGUUCCUACAUGAAAAGCAAUGGCAAUACAUUCUGGUGUAAAACCUGGGACCAGCUGCAAUAUUUAUCACUUUGGGUUGCCGUCGGUGAGCUUUUGACUCCACUCGCAGCAGUGGGUCUUGAGGAUUGCCCUCAGCUGGAGGAGAUUCGGAUAAAGGUUGAAGGGGAUUGCCGGGAGCAGGCAAGACCUUCAGAGAAUCAGUUCGGAUUGAGCACCCUUAGGCGAUAUCCUCGGCUGAGGAAGAUGCAGUUGGACUGUGGUGAUGUGAUAGGUAAUGCCCUAACGGCACCAUCAGGGCAGAUGGAUCUAAGCCUGUGGGAGCGAUUUUUCCUCAAUGGCAUUGGGUAUCUGAGGCUUAAUGAACUAGAUUAUUGGCUACCACAAGACAGGGACCUCAACCAGAGGGGACUCACACUACCAGCAGCUGGCUUGCUUGCACAAUGUGGUACCCUCAGGAAGCUCUUUAUCCAUGGAACUGCUAAUGAACAUUUUAUGAACUUCCUUCUUAAAAUUCCAAAUCUGAGGGAUGUACAGCUUAGAGAAGAUUACUACCCGGCACCAGAGAAUGAUAUGAGCACAGAGAUGAGAGUAGAUUCAUGCAGUCGUUUUGAAGAUGCAUUGAACGGGCGCCGCAUCCUUGAUUGAAACAAGUGUUACUCCAGAUCAUAAAGGAACUCCAUAUAGUCCCAACUUCUGUAUCCCUUGACAUUUGUCCUCCUGAUGAGCUUGUAUGAGUUUUUGAAAUGAUAUUCCAUUCCUACUCGUGUAACA